AUGGCACGUCAGUUAGUAGAAGAGAUAGAUAAAAGGACAUACGAUCCUAAUAUUUACUACACAAGUGCAGAUCCACAUACGAGAUCCUUCAGAGGCAAGAAACAAAAGAAUAGUUCAAAUGCAUCUACUUUCAGGUCAGUGAAGAGAGUGAAUUAUUCAUUAGCAGAUAUGGAGGCUAAAUUAUACAUGCAACAGGAUAAUGGGAAGUCGCAACAGGAUAAUAAUAUUACUAAAGGUGCCACUAAGUACGUACGAGAUAGGUUUUCUCAACAACAAAUUAUGCAAUCGAAGAGACGGUUUAUGGAAUUGAAUACUGAAAAUUUAGGCGAUUUGUCUGAAAUUCCAACUCUUUUGAGUAGCUCCACCGGUAUUAAUAGAGAUAAGAUCAAUUCAAAUACUACUACAGUAUCUCAAGGUUCUUCUGAUUCGUCAUCUAGAUCAAAUAGAAAUAAAUUUGAGAUACCAAAAAGUAUAUUAUUAUCAUAUAGAUCAACAAAACCAAUAAAACCAAAGAAGAAAAGUACAAAUAGAAUUGUGGCUUUGAGAAAAGUAUUGACCUCAAAACGUCCACUCCAUACAUAUUUUGAUACGUUGAGCCAAGUUGAUAAAAGUGUAAUGCUUCAUAACGUUUACAACAAGAAAUAUUUCAAAGUAUUACCUUUGAUCACAGUAUGUUCAAUAUGUGGUGGUUACGAUAGUAUCUCAAGUUGUGUGAAGUGUGGAGAUAAGAUCUGUUCGUUGAAAUGUUACAAUUUACAUAAUGAGGCAAGAUGUACACACAGUUAA